AUGGAUUCUGAUUCCCUAAAACCCUCUGAAAACAAAGCGGAAAUCUUCCAUGACGAGGAUCUAGCCUUAGUAAGCUUCGAUGACUCCAUUGAGGGAACAGAUCCCCGAAAGGCAGUAUGGCUGAUUGUCUGUGCGGUGUCUAUGGGCGGCUUUCUAUUUGGCUAUGAUACUGGUGUCAUAUGUGCCGUGAUAGUCAAUCUGGGUAUGAUGGCCGAUAAGUACGGCCGCAAACUUGCCAUUUACAUAGGCUGUAUCAUCUACUUUAUAGGAAGCAUAAUCCAAGCAGCUGCAUUCUCGCUCGCUCGGAUGACCGUUGGCCGCCUCAUCGUGGGCUUCGGUGUCAGCGAGGUUGCCAUGAUUGUUCCGUUGUACAUUGGGGAAAUGGGCCCUGCCUGGUUUCGUGGCCGUCUCAUAGUCUUUAACAAUUUGUAUGUCACUUUUAGCCCACUUAUCUCAUACGCACUCGGUGCCGCCUUCACAAGUGUAGCUUCUGGAUGGAGAUACAUGGUGGGUCUCGGCGCAAUUCCUGCUGUAUUGCUCGUGGUAACGAUGCCAUUCUGCCCUGAGAUACCUCGUCAAUUGGUCUUGCAUGGCCGAAUAGAAGAGGCGAAGAUUGUUCUUGCGAAGAUAUUCCCACGAGCCACUGACCAGCAGGUGGAUGCGAAAGCCAGAUUGAUCCGUCAUUCUAUCGAAGAAUCUACUGCUUCGCUCUUUACCGUUGGUGCUAAUGUGCGGGCUCUCAUAACUGCCUGCAACGUUAUGGCGGUAUCCCAACUGAGUAGCUUCAAUACGCUAAUGUACUAUUCUACCACACUGUUCUCCAUGGUCGGGUUUGACAAGCCCACGGUGGUGUCCAUCGUACUUGGUGCCACCAACUUUAUAUGCCUGUCUUUGGUGGUCGCUUCCGUAGCCUUCUGGAUCCCAGUAAACCAUGACCUUACCGCCAUCGAAACACGCGAGAUAGGCUGGCCCAAUAUCCUACGUCUCGUCUCUCUCAUUCUAUGUAUUGCCUUCUACGCGGCAGGUGUGGCCCCGAACUCUUGGGUAGGGACUGAGUUCCUCCCCAUUGAGUGGAGCCUUUGGCUUCUACACCGGGAUUACUUUCUUAGCUUUGCCUUCGCUAUUUUCUGCUAUGCGGAGGUUCACAACAUGCCCCUCGAGUCUUAUGCCAGAAAGGUACAGAAAGAGCUUCACGAGGCUAGGAAUACGGAGAAGAUCACAACGUGA